GUCUCCACUCCCAGCAAGCAUGGGCAGGAGAAGAGGUGCGGUAUAGGGAGGCUGAUAGCUAAGGGAAGCUCUGGGGCAGGGUGGUGACCCUCAGGCUUGUCCAAGAUGGAGGAAAGGGACAUAGCAUGAGCAAGGAGCUGACAUGGUCCAGCCUGGAUGGUCUUGAGGUGGGUGGUGAGGAGACCCAAGUUCUUCCUCCUGAGAGGAACAGUGUCACUGUGUCAACCUCAAUACGACCUCAGCGUGAGAAGCCAAGGAAUCCAUGUCGUAUUCAAAAGGAAAUGCUCAGGGUCAAGUGACAAUUGGGAGGGAAAAGGGACUUCCAACUCCAGGUCUGAGUUAAGGUGAGCACCUUUAGAAGGUGAGAGAAUCCUAGACGCCAGCUCAGGGCAGGGGUGUGCCAGGUCCCAGCUGGAGUAGAGGAGGUCAGCGGGCAUCAGAGGCACCCCGGUACACGGGAGGACAGGCAGCGCAGACAGACACCCUCCACCCAUGGAAAGUCUUGGGGUCCCCUUGAAUCUCAGGUGAUGUGGCCUUGCCCACAACCGUCAGGGCUCUGGGCCUUCCUGUUCCCUCCUCUGGGCAGGUGUGCGUAGCUCCAAAGUUUUCCAGCCCACUUCCAGGCCGUGGAGGGAGCCACGUGACUCUCAGCUUGAACCCACUUCCCAACAGAGCAAGAAGCUGUUCUCACUGUGGCUUCACAGGAAAAGGUCACAGCUAGGCAUGGGAAAGAUCCACGUCCUCCGAGGGAGCCUGGGCUGCAGGGUUCCUCUCCCCUUCUCCAGGCAGGGAUCCAGUUCUCACUAUGCACUGCUGGCUGGGCUGUGCUCCUGUGUAACCCUGGGCAGGUCCCAAUCCAAUCCGGGCUGCUGGAGCGUGUGUGACAGCUGGGCGGCAGAGAGCGCGGGACUCCGCAGCACUGGACGCCCCAGCGCCUGGCGAGCAGCCGGUGGUUCAGAGAGCACUCAAAUAAGGGGGUCUGGGAGCUAACCCAGCAUUUCCUGCUGGUCAACAGGAGCAUCCAGGCAGAAGCAGCGCCAGCCCUCCGCUAAGCCAGAGGAGCCACUCGGGUGCUGACCCCAUCUCGCCUGCACAGACGCCGGCCCCGGGCUGGGGAAAGCAAAUCCUAAUGAUGAUACACCGUGGCCACUUCAAGAAGACAAACACUGGUUGGGCUGCAUCGCUCCACUAAAGGAGACCUCCUUUAUGCAAACAAAUCAAAAAGAAAGAAAGAAAGAAGGGCAGGAGGGGGCACCCGGUCAGGGGCUGGGCACAGGGGUGGUUCCAGAGCUGUGUGCCCACCCCCAUGCCCUUGCUCUGUCCUCCGCGGGUGUGCAGGACUCCUAGAGUAACUCGUCACCUCUCUCCCAGGCCUCUGCCUUCAGAGCCACAAGAUGCUCAAUUCCACGAGCUCGCCAACGCCAGGCCCGCCCUGCUCCCGGAACACGCUCAUCACCCAAUACAUCAUCCCGGUGCUGUACCUUCUGGUCUUCCUGGCAGGGGUCCUGCUCAAUGGCGUGUCGGGCUGGGUCUUCCUCUACGUGCCCAGCUCCAAGAGUUUCAUUAUCUAUCUCAAGAACAUUGUGGUUGCUGACUUUCUGAUGGGCCUGACUUUCCCCUUCAAGAUCCUGGGCGACUCGGGCCUGGCCCCCUGGCAGCUGAGCGUGUUCGUGUGCAGGGUCUCGGCCGUGAUCUUCUACGUCAGCAUGUACGUGGGCAUCGUCUUCUUCGGGCUCAUCAGCUUCGACAGGUAUUACAAAAUCGUGAAGCCCCUCCUGACCUCCUUCGUCCAGUCGGUGAGCUACAGCAAGCUGCUGUCGGUGGCUGUGUGGGCGCUCAUGCUGCUGCUGGCCAUUCCCAACAUCAUCCUGACCGACCAGCGCGUCCAGGAAGGCAGGAGAGUGCAGUGCAUGGAACUCAAGAACGAGCUAGGACGCAAGUGGCACAAGGCGUCCAACUACGUCUUUGUGGGCAUCUUCUGGCUCGUGUUCCUCCUGCUGAUUGUCUUCUACACUGCCAUCACCAGGAAGAUCUUCAAGUCCCACCUCAGCUCCAGAAGGAGAUCCAUCUCGGUCAAAAGGAAAUCCAGCCGCAACAUCUUCAGCAUCGUGCUUGUGUUCUUUGUCUGUUUUGUGCCUUACCACGUGGCCCGGAUCCCCUACACCAUGAGUCAAACCGGAACCUACUACAGCUGCCAGGCAAAAGAGAUCCUGCUCUACGUGAAAGAAUUCACCCUGCUGCUCUCUGCUGCCAACGUGUGUCUGGACCCCGUUAUUUAUUUCUUCUUAUGCCAGCCAUUUAGGGAAAUCUUAUGUAAGAAACUGCACAUCUCAUUUCAAGCUCAGAAUGACUCAGACCCUUGCAGAAUCAAAAGGGGCAACACAAUGCAGGAAAGCACAGACACGCUGUGAACUUCCGGCCCUUCCCACUAGACCAUUACAAGCUCGUGACCACCUCCAGCUGCCGGGAAAUGAGCAAGAGCAAAGAACACGCCACUUGCUCAUCACUGGCAAAAGACCCAGCAUCACCAUCCAAUACCGACAGGACUUAUGAAGCCCCAGGGGCUCAGUACAACGAUCAAAUUCAAAUGUUUCCAAGCUUUUCUGUAACAUUAAAGGGCGUGGGAUCCCUUCUGCAGGUUUUCCUAGUACUGACCAUUAUUUUUCUUGGAAAGAAUAAUACAUACAAUCAUUCAAUCCUAUUCCAUCAAAAUAGCAGGUUUAAAUUUAUAUUAAGUAACCUGAACAGUUAAAGUAGAAUUUUAAAUUGGUAAAUAAAGAAAUCCAAGACAAUUCA